AUGACUCGAUUGGAACCUGCUCUCCAGCGCUCAGAAAGUCGCUCUGUGAUAGAAAUGCAGAGCAGGAGAGGGAGCGCCAACACAAGCAGAAGAGGAAGUGUCAGCCAACACACAGAGACUAGAAGAGAAGUGGAACAAAGCAGCAGCAGCCGCGCCGAUUUUAAAAGAGCCAAUCGCUUCCUCUCACGGGACAGGGAACAGGAAGAUGGCAGUCCUCCUGCUCCCAUGCGCCACUUCGAGAGAGGCCACCCUCUUCCAGUCACCCACAGUCCUGAGCGCAAAGCCACCAUCCCCUUCCGAAACCCAGACCUGGGUCUCCCGUCCAAUAGGAGGCGCUCCAACAAUCUCAGCAACGAGGCAAUGAGUGGCCUCUCCCCCCAGCGACACAUGUCCUAUUCAAAUUUCAGACGUGGGGACAGCCAAUCUCGUGCAAGCCCUCGCUCCGGCAGUCCGAGAUCUACCAAUGUUUCGCCGCAAAGGCGAGGGGAAUCGCGCAGUUCGUCCCAUCGCCGAGGUUCCGCCGUGCACAGUCACCGGACGUCCCACACGUCCUCUCAGCAGGCUUCUGGGAAAUGCACUCCAUCACGAAGACGAGAUUCAGUGGUCACGCGCACCACGUGUCCCUCACAAAGCUCGGGUCCGAAUAAAAAUGGGGAAUCCUUUAGCCCCGCCCACAAAAGAAGCCCUUCCCAGAGCUCCUACGGGCACAGCUUGGAUUCUGAAAAGCUGUAUAAGAAUCUCAAAUCAAUUGCAAGUUCGGCAGAGUCAGACGCCUCUGAAGAAAGGAACGGCUGGUCAAAAAGACAUUCUGAUGUGGAAAUCAACGGCGAUUAUAAUGAACACAACCACAGUGGUCGCAAUAGCGGUCGCAGCAGUCAAAAGAGUGGGGGCCGCAAUACUGGCUACAACAGUCGGGAUUUCUCUCCAACAGGAGGCUACUGUGAUGACAAAACAAGCCGCGUCAGUCGAAACAGUGGUUACAACAGCCCUGGUGCCUCAACACCUUAUCAAAAUUAUGAUAAACAUGGUACACUAAAAUACGGUACUUUGAAAAACAAAAGCCGCAGGAAUGGCGGCUACUCAGACAAACAAUACAGAUCUGAUUCCCGCCAAUCUCUAAGCCCCACCCAUUCCCCUCUAAGCCCCGCCUCACCUGCAUCAACGCCAAACAUCUCUCAAUCAAGGCGGAGCUGGAAUCAGGUUCCGUCCCCUGAUUUGCCCAAAUACCAUGCCUUAACUGCAGAGACGGAUAAGCCGGUCAAUGAUCGGAGCAGAAGCAGCAUCAGGCGGGGCUUGGAGGCGCUAAUUCUUUCAGAGAACACCAGGUCUUCCAGUCAACCAGCAGUGCCAGAGAUGACCAUUGAGGAUUAUGUGAUCAUAGCUGAUAUUCCCCGAUCUAAGCUGUACCCUGAGGAAGAAGAAGCAAUAAUAGUCAGAAGGAGGCCGCAGAGCCGGAGCCCACGCAGAGACAAUCAGCACAGUUCUUUCUGGAAUGUCUCGCGCUCUGGAUUACUGUGCUCUGGAAUGUCGUAUUGUUGCUCUGGAAAGAUUUGUACUCUUGAUCUUCUGAACUGUAAAAAGGGAUGGAUGUAUAUGCUGGAUGAAGAUGAAGAGUGGAGUAAGCACUGGUUUGUGAUCUCUGACUCAGCACUGAGAUACUAUAGAGACUCUGAGGCUGAAGAGAGAGAUGAGGCGGAUGGUGAGAUUUAUUUACGUCACUGUCUGCGAGUGGAGGAAUUUGAUGCUGAUAAAAACUAUGGACUUCAAUUGCAUAUGCGUGAUGGACUGGUGACCCUGUCAGCGAUGACCUCCAGAAUCAGGAGGAACUGGAUCGACACACUGAGGAGGAGAAUCUCAUUCAGGAAUUCGGCUGAAAGCAUCCGACACCCAGACAACAGUGACAUCAGCGACAGAGAGAACUCCAGUUCCCAGAAUGCACCGUCCCGAACCUCUCCCGCACCCCAUGACCCAGGGUCAGAUGUCGGCGGUCCAUAUCAGGAUGAACCCAACAUGAGGUCCUCACCGUUAACCAACCGGCGGGAGGCCGGCGAGGGGCGCGACCGAGAGCUCGAAAGACGUCUGGAGGACCGGACCAAGUGGUUUCAGGAGGGAAUUUCCGACAGGGAGGGUGAAGACCCCUGGGAUAGGGUUGAGUUGAAGAAGGGGGUUGUGACUUCGGUGAUUUUGACCCAGCCGCAGGUUCCUGAUGCUCAGAUGGGGCCAAACAUCGAGAAGAAGUGGGCGGACUUUGAGCAGCUUCCAAUCGGAGAAAAUAGGUCACUGGCUGGUUUCCAGAAUCCGCAAACGACAAAUGAGGUGCUUCAGCGAGAGGUGGUGUCUCUGAGGCAGCAGAUCGAGGCUCUUCGUCAGGUCCGCGUGGGGGCCAGUGUCUGCGGUCCUGACGCACCCUGCUCUCUGAAACUCGAUCAGAUGGAGAAGGAGCACCGAGAGAGACUGCAGAAGAUACACGACGAGCACGAGCGAGAACGCAGAGAGAUUGAGAAAGACAAACAGAGACUGCUGCAGGAGGAAGCCAAGAAUGCAGUCCAAGCGAUGGAGGCUCUGAGGAAAGCUCAUCAGGAGGAGACUGAGAAGCUGAGGGGUCACGGAGGAGGAGGGACGAAAGACCCCUCCAUCAGACGACAGCUGCGCGAGUCGCUCUCUCUGCAGCAGGAGUUGGACGGUCUGUCGGAGCGUUAUUCCCAGCAGUGCGUGGAGCUCAACCGCAUCCAGAGCAGCACUGAAGAGCAAAACGGAGCGAUCCGACAGAAGGAGAGAGAGAUGGAGCAACUCCGCCAAGAGAACCAGGAACUGCAGGCGCGUCUGACGGAGGAGAUAAGUCUCAUGCGAUCCUUCAUCACAGGCCAAAGGUCAGGAGUUGUUCCCCUCGGCAGCUAUGAAAGGAGCACCUCUGAAUUAGAGAUGUUACUGAAGGUGAAGGAGAGCGAGGUGGGUUUUCUACACAAGGAGAUCAGCUGUCUCAGAAAAGAGGUCCAAAUUCUUACUAAGGAGAAUGAAGUAUUGAGCGUGCGCUACAAGCAGGUGUAUGUUGAGCUGACUGAAUUACGGGGCCGCAGUGAGAGAGACAUCAAUGCACUCAAAGAACACCUCAAACUCACUGAUGCUGCCCUGGAGGAGGGGCGUCUCCUAGGCAACAGCACCGACCAAUGAGAACACAACAAGAGGUCAAAUAAGAUGGAUGGGAUGCAUUGGUUUCUCCAUCUCAAUUUGGUCAUGUAGAUACAGGAUAUUGUGCUAUGUGGAGCUCUUUUAAAAAAUCUAAUUGAUUAGAGACUACAGUGGUGCUGAAAGUG